GAGGUAUUUGGUCUGAUUGAGACACCAAAAAUGGCAAACACGUCAUUCACAUCACCACCACCAUUCCUCUCAUCCUUCCAACUGUUCGGUCUGUUAUUAAUUUCAGGAGCCAAACACGGAAUCAAAGAACAAUGUGUUGUUGUUGAAUCUCUGGUUCAUACCAACUCAGAAAAAAAAAAAAAAAAAAAAGGGCAAAGAAAAAAAAGAGAAGCAAAAAAAGAGGAAAAAUACCCUCUACCCAAGAAAAAAAGCCAGUCAUUUCUUCCAUUCUUCCUUUUGCUUUCCCAUCAAUCAAACACCUUUCAAAAUUAUUAUAUUUUUUGUUAACAGACAUUCGGGAAAGCACAAAAAACAGACACCCAUUUCAGCAAAUCAACAAAAGAACACAAGAAAGGGAUAAAACAGAGCCAUAUUUUUGUUGUUGGUGGUUUUGGGUUUUUGUGUUUUUGGUUCAACAAUCCAAUAUUUCUGGUGGGUCUUUUGGGUUCAUUGUAAAAAUGGUUUUUGAUUUGGUUUUCAAGGUCACAUUGAUGAUACAGAGAGAACAUGAUCUGGGUUAAGAAACAGAAUGCCAUAGAGAUACAGGAAGGGAGAGGGAGGUAGUAUAGAGAGAGAAAGAGGGGGGUUUAGAGAGAGAAUGAGCAGAGAAUCUGGCGGCAUUGUGAAGGCCUGGGAAAUAGCGGUACGCAAAUCAUACGCAGCUCCAAAGAAAAGGGCAAACAGCAUUUUCGCAACAAUGUCUGUAGCCCACGCCGACGACGACGACACCGGUGCUGGCCCCGGCGAGGUCACUCAUGUUGAGAGGAUCUUCUCCAAUGGAGACUACUAUGCAGGCCAGUGGGCAGAUAACCUACCACAUGGCCAUGGAAAGUACCUUUGGCCAGAUGGGUGUAUGUAUGUUGGUGAUUGGUUCAGAGGCACUGCCAUGGGAAAGGGUAGGUUUAGUUGGCCCUCUGGAGCCACCUAUGAGGGCCAAUUCAAGACUGGGUAUAUGGAUGGUGAAGGGACUUACACAGGUUGUUCAAAUGAUACAUAUAAAGGUGCUUGGUUGAUGAAUUUGAAACAUGGAAAGGGGACUAAGCAUUAUACUAAUGGAGACUUCUAUGAUGGAGAUUGGCACCGCGGGUUGCAGGAGGGGCAAGGCCGGUACCAAUGGACGAACGGGAACCAUUACGUUGGGCAUUGGAAGAAUGGGAAGAUGAAUGGCCAUGGUACAAUGGUUUGGUCUAAUGGGAAUCGAUAUGAUGGGUGUUGGGAGAAUGGAUUGCCCAAAGGAAAUGGCACAUUUAGGUUAGAAGAUGGGGGUUUUUACGUGGGUGUGUGGAGUAAGGACCCCCAAGAGCAGAGUGGGACUUUUUACCCUUCAGGGUCACCAAUUGGUAACAUUGAUUGGGAUCCUCAAGAAGUGUUUUCGGUUCAUUUGAAUGAUUGCAACAUUUGUACCGGCGAGAAGAUAUCAAUAUUUCCUUCGCAAAAGAUGCUUAAUUCCGGGAUUGAGGGGGAAUUCUGGCAGAAGAAGCCAAUGUGGAGCUCUUUAAAAUUGAAUGAUGGGAGGCCUAAAAGAAUGUCAGUGGAUGGGAGGCUGAGCGAUGGGAGGCUGAGCAAUGGAGGUGGUGGGUAUAGUUGGAGCUCUGAUACUGAAUUUGGUUGUGACACCGUUGAUAGAUAUUCGACGGGUGGGAGAGAGGUGGAAGAAGGUUCGGGGAAUUUCCAACUUGAUGAUUCAGAUAGGAGCUGGCAUCAGCCGAUUAGAAUACAGCCGAUGAAGAGACAGGGGACAACAAUAGCUAAGGGGCAUAAAAAUUACGAGCUUAUGCUUAAUCUGCAGCUUGGAAUAAGACAUUCGGUUGGAAGGCCUGCCCCAACUACAUCCCUUGAUUUGAAGGCUUCAGCUUUUGAUCCCAGGGAAAAAGUGUGGACCAAAUUUCCUCCAGAAGGAUCCAAGCAUACUCCACCUCACCAAUCGAUUGAUUUUAAAUGGAAAGAUUACUGCCCAUUGGUUUUCAGGACUUUAAGGAAAUUGUUCAAGGUGGAUCCUGCUGAUUAUAUGAUAUCAAUAUGUGGGAAUGAUGCCCUUCGGGAGCUCUCAUCUCCUGGAAAAAGUGGAAGCUUCUUUUAUUUGACCAAUGACGACAAGUACAUGAUAAAGACCAUGAAGAAGGCAGAAGUUAAAGUUCUAAUAAGGAUGCUCCCAGCCUAUUAUAAUCACGUUCGUGCCUUUGAGAACACUCUCGUGACCAAAUUUUAUGGUCUUCACUGUGUGAGGUUAACUGGUAGUAACCAAAAGAAGGUGCGAUUUGUUAUAAUGGGGAAUCUGUUCUGUACUGAGUAUCCUAUUCACAGACGUUUCGACUUGAAAGGUUCUUCUCAUGGUCGUGUAACCGAUAAACCUGAGUCCGAAAUUGAUGCCACAACCACCCUUAAGGACCUUGAUCUCAAUUUCAUUUUCCGAUUGCAGAAAAUUUGGUUCCAAGAGUUGUGCAGGCAAGUGGAUAGGGAUUGUGAUUUUCUUGAACAGGAGAGAAUUAUGGACUACAGUCUUUUAGUUGGUCUUCACUUUCGAGAAACUUCAUUCGGUACAGAAUCCUUCAACAGUGAGGGUCGUACUUCAGGAGUUCGCACUCCUACAGCAAACAGAGACCUUGACAGUGAAGGAUCUGCCCCCCGACUUUCAAGAGCAGACAUGGAUCAGUUUCUCAUUGAUCCUGACCGGUGGGCAUCCAUUAAAUUAGGUGUGAACAUGCCAGCACGGGCGGAACAAACAAUCAGAAGACCUGAUUGCGAGUGUCAGCUAGUUGGAGAACCAACGGGAGAGUUUUACGAUGUCAUCCUUGUCUUUGGUAUAAUAGAUAUACUACAAGAUUAUGAUAUUAGCAAGAAGCUUGAGCACGCGUAUAAAUCAAUACAAUAUGACCCUACUUCAAUCUCUGCCGUGGACCCAAAGCAAUAUUCGAGACGUUUUAGAGAUUUCCUCUUCAAAAUUUUCACAGAUGACAGUUGAAGUUACAGACUGAGUCAUAUCUUCCCCUUCCAACUGGUAGGCUUCCAUGUAUAGCCGAUCAUCAGUGGAAAUGACAGUGCUUACCAGCAAAAGAUGUGACCUCUUACAUUGCCUGGGGGAAGAAGUUGCUGAGACUUAUAUGUGUGGACGUCACAAAAGAUGACCAUUUCAGCCAGCUGGCGUGGCCAUUGGAGAUUAAUUAUGGCUGCCAGGAAAACGCGUUUUGAGCAAUUUGGCAUCUUGAUAUUUUCCCAUUGUCACAGUCCCAUUUUAUUUAUAGUUACAGGAAUGUUUUAGUACAGGUAUAGUUAAACAUCAAAGUGGAGAUACUCAGGUCUGUUCCAAUUGUAAAUGAAGGAUGAAUAUGGGUGAACCUGAGUCGGAAUUCUUUUGUACCCAAUUUUUUUUUGUCCCAGAAGGUUAAGAGUCUCUGGGAUUUUGACCCUCAAUAAAAAUGUACAGAAGGAAAUGAAUUGGGAAUGAAAAUCCUUAAAAGAUCAAUACAAAGAAUCUCCCGUUUCCUUUUGAUGCUAUUUUGUUCUACAUUCAAAAACAAUUUUCUGUUUCUU